AUGAUCUAUCUUCUCUUUUUAUUCACUGCAGCGACCUUCACCUACCGUCUCAACAACGAAACCAACGGGGAACAGACCCAAGAAGAUACCAUCAUUGUCCACUACGAAGACGGUCACUGGAGCACCCCGUAUUUCGACUGCGGUGGUGGCAACAUCUGGAUGAUGACGUAUACUGUCCCCUUCCUUGGCCGUAGACCCAAUGGCACCUACUAUUUCAAAGGAACGAGCGGUCUCGAUAUCGACCUGCGGGCUAUAGACAUCAAUCAAUGCAUCGAUGACAACAAUACCAACAUCUCAAAGGAGGAGAACAUCUUUUCAGACACCGAUAAAUGCGACAGAGCGUCACAAACGUGUGUCUUCAUUGAGAACCUGGGUUUCCGUCGCGGGUCCUACCAGUGCGUAUGUAAGAAGGGCUUCUACUUCCCCCAACCGAACAACGGGGAGAACUACUACAACGGCACCAUCCUGGAAGAACAGCAUGACCUGAAGAUAGCCGGACGAGAGAACAUCUACGACCAGCUGAUCUGCAAGCGAUGCGGUGAAGGCUGUUCGGAGUGUACAGAUGACCGGUCCUGUAUAUUCACCUUCAACUGGGCGCUGCGGAUCACGUUCCUGGUCAUCCAGUGCCUGACCAUCGUGGCCAUGAUACCCCUCUUCAUCUUCACCUUUCAGUUCAGAGACGUCAAGGUUGUAAAGGCAGCAAGUCCGGUUUUACUGAGAAUUAUUCUGAUUGGUGCAGUAUUUCUGUAUUGUCUGGCACUGGUCGGUUAUGGCGUUCCCACAGUGAUGAGAUGUACCUUAAUGCAAUGGUUCAAAGAAGUCGGAUUUUCAACCUUAUAUGGAGCACUUUUACUUAAAACAUGGAGGAUAUCCGUUGUAUUCCGGGUUCGAUCAGCAGCGCGAGUCCGGAUAACCGACAUGGACCUGAUAAAGCGGUUGGGUCUUAUCAUCGCUGUAUCACUCUUUUAUCUAAUAGUCAGAACGGUGGUGUCUCCCCCAACGGUGGAGAUUGGCAAAUCACUACAUGACUUAAAGGCAUACCAGUGCUCGUAUGAUUGGUGGGACUAUGCAGCAAAUAUUGGUAGCCUAGAAGGUGGGAUGGCUUCGGAACUAGAGCAGUAA